CCUAAAAUCCUACGAUUUUACGAUCAAAAUCCCGAUUUUGACUGCAUUGAUCAUACGGAGUCCGACCAGCUGGUUAGUUUGGAGAACUCCGAGGUGACUUUUGGAUCUAAUGUAAAGUGGCACCAAAGAUUAAUAGUGAGCUCAAAUCUUGGGAUGAAGGUAGUAUAGAAACAUGAUAAAUAUCUGGGUCUUGUGACAGAGGUAGGGAGGUCUAAGAAAGAGCUCUUCAUUUAUCUCAAAGAUCGAGUUCGGAAAAAGUUGGCGGGCUGGAAAGAGAAGUCGAUGUCAGCUGCUGCGCGCGAGGUUUUGAUUUAAUCGGUGGCACAAGCACAGCUGACCUACACCAUGUCGGUAUUCAAGGUUCCUAAAGGAAUACUAGAGGAGAUACAUGGUUUGAUUACCCGCUUUUGGUGGGGGCAAAAGGGUGAAGAGCCCAGAACUCCAUGGAUAGCACGAGAGGCACUGAUAUGUACCAAGGAGCAAGGGGGUAUUGGUUUCCGGGAUUUGCGGGGUUUCAAUCAAGCGCUACUUGCACGACAACUGUGGCAUUUGCAUCAGAGACCAAGGUCUCUAGUAGCUCAGAUCAUGAAGGCGAAGUAUCAUAAAAACGCCACUAUCCUAGAGGCCCGUGUUGGAUAUCGACCAAGCUAUGUGUGGCGUAGCCUUAUGAGCGCCCAAGAGUUCCUGGUUGAAGGCUUGAGAUGGUGAAUCGGUAAUGGGGUGUCUGUUCGUAUCUGGGGUGAUUGAUGGUUGUCGUCAACACCUCAUAAUAUUGUUCAAUCGCCACCAAUGGGUAUCCAGGUUGAUUCAAUGGUGUGGUGUUAGUAAACGGUAUAUGAUCCACAAUUGAACCUCUCCCAACAACUCGAGUUAUUGGGAUCAACUGGUUCUUAACAUGGUAUCAGAGCCUUCUGUGACCGUGAGGUCUUCUGUUCGAUUCCCGGUAGCCCCCAUCUGUUUCUGUUAAGCACACGGUGUCCGGACCUGUGCCUGUCCAAACUCCAAGCCUAUCUGAAUGGCUUGAGUUUGAAGGGGGGUGUUAGUAAACGGUAUAUGAUCCACAAUUGAACCUCUCCCACCAACUCGAGUUAUUGGGAUCAACUGGUUCUUAACAUGUGGGACCUGAUUAACGAAGAGGAAGAAAAAUGGGAUGAGACGUUGUUGGGAAGUUGUUUCCCAUCUGAUAUGGUACAUGCUAUUAAACAAGUCCCGCUACGUCACCCGGGAGAACAAGACCGACUAAUCUGGGUAGAUAGUGUUGAUGGCCAAUACACUGCAAGGGAGGGUUACAGGACGUGGUUGCGGAAUUUUCAGGGCCAGCAUGCUAAUCGGAGUGUAGGGGAUCCAACUCCAUGGAAAAAACUGUUGUCGCUUAAGCUACCGCCAAAAGUAAAAGUGUUCGUGUGGAAAUUUACACGCGAAGCGUAGGCAAUGGGGGAGAAGGUGCAUAGCUGAAACCCAAGGCUGAGUGGCGUGUGCCCGUAUUGCGACCAGCUAGAUACACAACAACAUGCUUUCUACGAUUGCCAAUGGGUGAGUAGGUUGUGGCGGAAGUCGGAUGUAACUCGUUGUUUUGAGGUAAAAGCCGGGGCAGGUUGUAUGGACAGGGUUCGGUAGGUGAUUGCUUCGGUGCCGGAAAUUGAGCUUGAGGAGUGGGUGGUAUUGUUGUGGUCUUUAUAGAGAGAACGGAACGCUCACUUGUUUAACGGGAAGAAGAUGGAUGAAGCGGACAAAGUGCCAAGAGCACAAUCCUACCUUGAGGAGUAUCGACACCAGCAGCAGCUCCCGGAUGCCCUACCAGUUUCGCUAGUAAGCCAUGUCUGGUCGAGAUCUCCACUUGGGAGGGUGAAGUUGAACACGGAUGCGGGGAUAGACGAUGAAGGUGUUGGACUGGGGGUGGUAGUUCGGAAUCAUGAUGGAAAUUUUAUAUUGGCUGCGGCGAAGCGAUUAAAAGGAAUUAACGACCCAACUCUGGGCGAGGCUUUGGCGAUAGAGUUUGGAUUUCAACUGGCUCGACAUCACCAUUUAACGAUGUCUGUUGUGGAAACAGAUUGCCUAGUAGUGGUGAACAAAUUGGAGGUGGCAGACGAAAUCCAAACAGAGAUUGGGGUUGUGCUCAGGAACAUACGCAGGUUGGCGGCAAUGAUGGGUGGAAGUGUUCACUUUGCGAGCAGAGUUGCAAAUGAGGCUGCACACAUAAUGGCCCAUACGAAGGCGAGAUGGGAUAUAACGGGUGUCUGGUUUGAUAGGCCACUGCUGAAUCUGUUAGAUCAGCUUCUUAAGGAUAAUGUAGCAUCGUUUUCUACUGGGUUAUAGAUAUAAUAUCCCUCUCUACUAAGACGUUUUAUCAAACAUGCCCUUCUACUAUUUUUUACAUCAAACAUGCCCCUGUACUUUGUAAAAAUGAUCAAACAAGCCCUUUUGUUUAAAUUUUCAUCCAAAAACCGUUAAUCAAGGUCGAACUCUGGUUUGGGCGGCACAAAUGUCUAAAAUAUCCCUAAUAAUUUCACUUUUAUUUUUUUUUUGUCUUUUGUAUAGCCAAAUAAUUAAAAUAAUUUCACUUUGAAGACACCCAGAGAAAUACAACGGGAGAUAAAACUGACAUUUUCUCUCCUAUUUGCCAAUGGGUCGUCUAAAUCUCGGUUCAACCAUGAUUGACGAUUUUUUUAAUGAACAUUUAAACAUAAG